AGGCAUUGCACUUCAUUCUGAACUGGCUGCGUUGGAUCAAUACCAUUGACUGGAAGUCCGUCAUCAAACAAACACACACGAAACCACAAGAGGGUCUCCAUUUUCAAAGUGCCCCUGUGAGUUUCCUAUCUUUGGAGAAGAAAUGGAAGCGCAACACAGCAAGCUGGAUUUUUUCUACAAGUUGGGCUAUGGAAAGAAGCAAGUCCACCAAGUGCUGGAGAAGCUAGGUCAAGACGCGUCAGAGAACGAUUUGCUACAAGAACUGGUUCAGGCGGGCAGCAGGCCUCAGGAGCCUGAGAACUGGACAUCAUGUUUUUACCCCACCCCUGCUGCCCAUGGAUCAUGCAGGCCUUUGCCAAUUUCCAGACCGUCUACUGAGGAAGGAAGUGAUCCCUCCAGUGUCUUGAGAGCUAUUGUGGUUGAUGGCAGCAAUGUUGCUAUGAGUCAUGGAAACAAGGAAGUGUUUUCAUGCUUGGGAAUUCAGCUGGUGGUGGACUGGUUCAAACACAGAGGUCAUCAAUAUAUCAAAGUCUUUGUCCCAUCAUGGAGAAAGGAACCAAGCCGAUUUGAUAACCCCAUUACAGAUCAGCAUGUUCUUGAAAAACUUGAAAAGCAAACAAUUCUUGUAUACACACCAUCCCGCAGAAUGAAAGGCAAAAGGAUGGUAUGCUAUGAUGAUCGGUACAUAGUUAAACUGGCGUAUGAGCAAGAUGGGAUCAUUGUUUCCAACGAUAACUUUCGGGACCUGCAGAAUGAAAAUCCUGAGUGGAAAUGGUUCAUUGAACAGCGACUACUGAUGUACUCCUUUGUCAAUGACAAAUUUAUGCCUCCUGAUGAUCCCUUAGGGCGGCAUGGACCCUCUCUUGACAGCUUUCUCAGCAAAAUGCCACAGAUUCCCGAGCCAAAAUGGCAGCUCUGUCCUUAUGGCAAAAAAUGCACAUAUGGCAUCAAGUGCAAAUAUUACCACCCAGAAAGACUGACUUGGGACCAUCGCUCUGUAGCUGAUGAACUCCGAGCUAAGACAAAGACCAACUCACUUGCUCAGAGGACGGAGGAAGAGAAGACAAGAGCAAACCCAGUAAAGAACAGAGGUGGGAAUACAUCAUAUUUACCUGGUCCCACUAGUGGUAGUGUUAUUGGCAGGAGCAUCUCAGCACACAGCUUGGCAACAUUUCACAGUAAUCCCCAACAGUGGGAAGGAGAAGACAACAGGGAUGCAGCAAGUGACUGGACAAACAUACACCAAGACAACUGGCAGCCUGAAUCAACCGAAUUACAACAAGAUCAGGCAGGGGCCAUGUCAAAGCAACUGACUGCAUUGUCUCUCAGUGCCAGCAAAUACUCUGGAAAUACUCUUGCUGGACCUGGUAAAUAUGAAGACAUAGUGGGUGACCCACGUAGGGAUCAUUAUCUCAAAUACAACCAGACUUCAUCUCUGUCUCCUCACAGUCUAUGCUGGGAUUGCCCUUGCUUACAAUUAUGUAAUUUUCAAGGAUGUUACAGAAUCCAAACAGCAGCAGUGUCAGUCCCAACCUCACAAACACCUUCUAGUUUGCUAAGGGACGGCUUGAAGGCCCAACAUGAAGGACAACAUGGCUCUAUAGUUUCUUUGGCUGAGUCGUUUACAGGCAGCAAGGAUGGAGAUAUGAAAUAUCCUGGAAAUCUGCAGACCAAAUCUUACAACCCAUUAUUUUUUAUGGAUUCCAGCUCAUUCAAUGCACUAGACCAUUACACACAUCCUUCUGGUACUGAGGCCCAGCAGAAUUUGACUCUGCAGUCACUUCCUAGAGAGCAAGAAAAUGUCCAGCAAGCACAGUACUUUGGCUUCCCAUAUAAUGUGGCAGAGCAAACUGUGUCCUCCUCCUACACCGAUAUUGUAGAUGCGACACACUUAAUGCCAUUCGUUCAAUGGCAUGGGACCCUCCAUAGCAGAUCCCCUAACAGAAAACCAUGGUAAGGAGAAAGAGAGGAGUUGGUAAUGCCCUAUUCAAAGACUCCAGUAUUCACCUUCAUGCUCAACCUGAAAAAGUCUCUCAUUGGAAAGUAGUAUUUAUAUGCUGGCCUUGAAAUGUGUUUGUAUUCUACAUCCCGUACCUUCCUCAUGAUUUCUCUUCUGCCAUCAUUGCAAGCAGCAUCCUGACCUUCACUCCCUCAAGCCAGUUUGUGUUCUCCUUUCCAGAGACUACUCACAUGCCACCCUUCCCAAAAGCUUUCCCUAGAUCAGUGUUCUUCAACCACGAAUCCCUAGACUACAACGCCCAACAUCCUUGACCAUUGGCAAAACUGGCUGGGGAUGUUUUGAGCUGUAAACCAAUAACAUCUAGAGACUUAAGGUUGAAGAACACUGUCCUAGAUCACCACCACAACCUCCUCUGUUACAAUCUGUUUAAUUCCAGUUAGCCCCUUCUCCACAAACAAAUCCAUCUUUAUCAAAUCCAUCUUUCAGCUUUUUCUUAUCUGUGUCCGGGGUCUGUGUAGAGCUUGUCAUUACCAAGGUUAUACUGGUGUAACAUUAGUGUGAUAAAGAUGUGGAUGAAAAAUAUAUACAGUACUGCUAAAUAUUUCA